AUGUCUGGCAACCAGACCCCCAGCGGCAACUUGCUCUCUGAGCCAUCGUGGUCCUCAGGGAGAAGUCAUGGCAGCUCAGGACAGCCGAUGACCAUUGAACAGGUUGGGCAGUUUUUGCUCUCCCGCGACUACUAUCUUACUGCCCUUGAGCUGCUGGUGGAGGCUGAGGAGACAGGACAUGAAAAGGAGAUCACAUUGCUGCGGGAUUUCUUCAGAAAUGCUGAGAAAUUCAAUCCCCAAGAGCUAGCGAAGUUUCAGGGGGAAGAUGCAUUGAGUGUGCAAUCGCUGGCACGGGAGCGUGAAGAGAGGCUCAGUGUGUCAGAAUAUGAGCUUCGUCUGGCCAAGGAGGACGCCAUCGAGAUGAAGGAGCGACUUAGAGCAAAGGCGCAAGAAGUAACUGAGCAGGAGGGCAUCGACUCUGUGUGUGCUGCACAUCGGCCGUCUCACAGCAGGACUUCAAUUGCGACUGCCUCAUCUUUGGACCUCGAUGUGGAGAACCCAACGCAACGGGAUCUGGCUGAGCUGAAUAGUCUGGUGUGUGCCCACUUGCUUCAAUAUGGGUACCAGGUCACGGCCUUGACGCUGCAGGAAGAGGCAAGGGGCCUCAUCAGCUGCAAGACACCCAGAGGCGGUUGCAUCAGAGCAGCUUACAACGCUCCAGGAACAGUUCAACGAUUUGCUGGGGAAAUACACAAUGCUUCAGGAAAGGCAUGA